GUCUCUUACUCUUUUAUGCUCUUUGGUCAGUGUCAUAGUUUUUUGUCUCUUUCUUCAGCGACAAGGUGUCACUUUGUGAAGUUCACAAUGGGGCGCCGGCCAGCGAGAUGUUAUCGGUACUGUAAGAACAAACCAUACCCCAAAUCACGGUUCUGUCGUGGUGUACCCGACCCCAAGAUCCGUAUCUUCGACUUGGGCAAGAAGAAGGCGGCAGUAGACGACUUCCCGCUAUGCGUGCACUUGGUGUCCGAUGAGUACGAGCAGCUGAGCUCGGAGGCCCUGGAGGCCGGCCGUAUCUGCUGCAACAAGUACCUCGUGAAGAACUGCGGCAAAGACCAGUUCCACAUCCGCAUCAGGUUGCAUCCAUUCCAUGUGAUCCGCAUCAACAAAAUGUUAUCGUGCGCUGGAGCUGAUAGGCUCCAGACUGGGAUGCGUGGUGCUUUCGGCAAGCCCCAAGGCACAGUCGCGCGAGUCCGCAUCGGCCAGCCCAUCAUGUCCGUGCGCUCCAGCGACCGUUGGAAGGCGCAGGUCAUCGAGGCUCUGCGUCGUGCCAAGUUCAAGUUCCCUGGUCGCCAGAAGAUCUACGUAUCCAAGAGGUGGGGCUUCACGAAGUACGACCGCGAGGAGUACGAGAAUCUGCGGGACGAGGGCCGCCUGGCCAACGACGGCUGCAACGUCAAGUACCGCCCCGAGCACGGCCCGCUCGACGCCUGGCGCAAGGUGCAAGUCGAACUGCACAACUUGUAAACUUGAAUAAACUAUCAUAAACUUUUA